CUUCAAGCAGCUGCUGCCUGUCACCAUGGAAAUGAACACAGAGUCUUACGUUCCUGAGCACAAGACGCAGUCAAAAGUUGAGUUGGUUGAUGCAAUAAAAGGAGAUAUUGGUUUUUGCGGCUGGAUCAUUCUGAUAGUAUCUGCUCUGUUUGCUGCCAUCACCUUCCCUUUUUCCAUCUGGUUCUGUGUUAAGAUAAUUAAGGAAUAUGAACGUGCUGUGGUGUUUAGACUGGGACGUAUAAUCUCUGGAAAAGCCAGAGGGCCAGGGCUGAUGUUCAUUCUCCCCUGCACGGAUAACUUUAUUAAAGUGGAUCUCAGGGUCGUAUCAUUUGCAAUCCCUCCACAAGAGCUCCUUACUAAGGAUUCAGUGACAACUACAGUUGAUGGGGUCGUGUACUACAAGAUUGAGAAUGCGAUCAGAUCUGUGGCAAACGUCAACAACGUUCACUUAGCCACUGCACAGCUGGCGCAGACAACGCUGAGGAACAUCUUAGGAACACAAACUCUUUCCAGCAUCCUGUCAAACCGUGAGGAGAUUGCCCACAACAUUCAGUCAAUACUUUAUACCGCUACACAUCAAUGGGGAGUGAACGUGGAACGUGUAGAGAUGAGGGACGUGCGCCUUCCUGUGCAGAUGCAGAGAGCCAUGGCUGCCGAGGCAGAAGCUGUGCGAGAGGCCAGAGCCAAGGUUGUGUCUGCGGAAGGCGAGAUGAAUGCCUCUCGAGCCCUGAAAGAAGCCUCCAUGGUGUUAUGUGAAUCCCCUGCAGCUCUACAACUGCGCUACCUGCAGACUCUGAACACAAUUGCAGCAGAGAACAAUUCCACAAUUAUAUUCCCCAUCCCCAUUGACCUAUUGCAAGGCAUUAUUAAAAAAUGAUCGGCCACAGGGCUCUAGAGCCACUUCAGAGGAGGGUAUUGUGUAAUAUUUUAUGGAAUGGAUCUCUGAAGGGUUGGGUAGGCAUAUUCGUGCAGGGCUGCAGAUUAUGUGAAUAAUGCUAAAUGUAAAAAUGUAAAGAGUCUUGUAUGAUAACUAGCGCACAGAAAAAGUGGUGGAUAGGAUUAGU